AUGGGCGCCCGUGCUGUAGGUCAUAGAAGAGUCAGCGUCGCAUCCGACGAGCCACUUUGCAUUGCGGCGUUCUUCGCAUUGAAUGUCGGCAGAGUGAGGUCCUCUAGCCGCGAAUUGUCUAAGUUUGUGCUGUGCGAUAUAGACCUAAGGCCCGUCUGGGAGAAGUUGCGGCCGAUGCUCGGUUUCGCUCACGGAGUGGACGAUAUUGAGAAGACGACGAUGCACAUGGAAGAAGUCUGGAGACAGAUCGAGGAGCGUGGUCCUGGAAUUCCACAAGAAGUCAUCUUCCACAAGCUAGAUCGUCUCCAAAGCCGUGGCUUUCGAUGGGCGCCUGCGACUUUGCAGCAAGCACCACAGGAUGCAUUCAAUCUUUUCGCAGAGGGCUUGAAGUUCAGACCCGGAAAGAUGAGUGCUGAUGGCCUUUCCGUCAAAUGUUCAGGAUUCGGCAUUCGAUUGUGCAAUCGGCUUGUCCAGCUACCAAUGAGUGCGCUAUUUUGCAAGCUGUAUCAUGCACGUCAACUUCGGGUGAUGCUCCCAGAUGGUCGUUGGCUGUUUUCGCAGGAGCGCCUCGACUUGUUGGCAAGACGGCCUAAGGGGGUUCAUGAACCAGCUGACCAAAGAUUUCUCAAGUGGCUUGAAAGAGCUCGUUCGCAUAACCUUUUACUCGUGUUGUGGACACAUCUGGAAGAUAUAGCCUUGCAGUAUCUCUGCGGUAGUCUCGUGCGAUUACUGGAAGCUCGGAUUAUGGACUGGCAUCUGAUCACCCAGAAGCCGAUAGCAGAGUCCUUCCAAGGAAAUGGACUUCUUUGCUAUGCCAAGCAUGCCGACCAGAAGCUCUACCACUCGACUACCAUAGUGGACAUCUUGCCGAUGGACGAGGAUGAGUGUAUCGUUUGA